AUGGUCAACUGCCCAGAGGUGGGUUGCAGUUUCACCUGCCACAAGGCUCGUGGAAUGAGCAACCACCGUGUGGCCAAGCACCCACCUGCCACCCCGUACCAGUUCGUCUGUACGGUGGUGGCGGUGCCUGCGUGCAAUAUGAGCUUUCCGACGAAGGCCAAUCUGGCACAACAUGUCAGACGUAUCCACCCGGCCCCGGGGGUUGACCCCAAACCCUUUCUUUGCCCCAUAAUCUGCUGCGGAACCAGGAGUGACUCCCUGGCCGACCAAAAGAAGCAUAUGCGGGGUCCCCACGGCCUCUUCCCUUGCCCGGUUCCGAAGUGCAAAGAGGUCCAGUUCCGUACGGCGUUGGAGAUGCAACAUCACCAACAGACAGUCCACGGUUCUGUCGCUCUGUCCGCUCUUCCUGCGCCGCCCGCUCCCGUUGCGCCGGUCGCCCCAGUGGCAACGCCUGCUCCUGCUCUGCCCGCUCAUGCUGCGCCGGUCGCCCAAAUGACAACUCCUGUUGCGCCGGUAGCACAGAUGACAACGCCUGCUGUGUCGUAG